AUGGAGAAGAGCUCUCGAAGUAGCUCCGAAUCUUCCCACGACUCCGAAACACCUUUCCUAAAAGACUUUGAGAAAUUAAACGGCUCUACAAAAUACAUACGAGUGAGGAGGCGACUGAACCUAGCAUUGGUAGUCCCGUGGGUACUCUGUGUUGUGCUGCUCAUAGGGAAUGUUCUCCUGGGCUUGCGCAUAGACGGCGCAAUUGGCGGCCCUUCGAUCGGGUAUUGGACAGAACUUGAGCUCGAGGUUGCAAGACGAGAAGUUCCGGCAACGCUCAAGCGUGUGAGAUUCACAGGAGGGCUGCGUUUCAACAAUACCAAGCAACUCUAUCGCGAGAAAGAGCCCGGGAUUACUGACUAUGCGGGAACUCCCACGCCCGAAAUUACCAAUGCGUGGGAGAAGCUGAUAUCGACUACCGAUAUCUUCCUGACGGAGAAAGAAGUGCGUGAGAACAUCGAACACCGCGGCACCUUUACCAACUUACCGCACGAUGAGCCAUUGUACACCGAUCCCUUUGUCGGGUUGAAUCAAGCAGUGCCGACUGUAUUCCAUGAUUUGCAUUGCCUAGACAAGCUGCGUCGCGCGAUAUACAUCGACUACUACCCUGAGGAAAUCAGUGAUGUAUUCUGGCCUCACCUAGAGCACUGCAUUGAUUCUCUGCGCCAAAGCAUUAUGUGCACCGCGGACCUGACGCCCAUACCCGAGACCUACACAACUUUGAAACCUAAUGGUAGCGCGCUUCCCAUAUUUCAGAUCGAGCACACAUGUCGCGAUUUUAGUGCCGUUCAGAGGUGGGCAAAGGGGCGCGAUGCUUUGGAUGAGGCGGUUUGGGAGGAGAAUGCGGAGAAGUUGAAGACUGGGAGGACAUAG